AUGCAAAAACUGAACCUGAGCGAUGUGGCGCAGCGUCACGGUUAUAAAACCUUCUCCACCCUGCUCCAGGACUCCGGUGUGAUGGACCUGUUGAAAGAUGACAUGUACCAGCCGCUGACCGUCUUCCUGCCGUCGGACGCCGCCAUGGCGUCUCUGCCGCCGGAGCAGAGGGACUUCCUGUUUCACCAGGACAACCGAGCACAGCUGGCCGAGUACCUGAAGUACCACAUCCUGCUGGGACAGAAGAUUUACGCCGAGGGUUUGAUCUACCUGGACUCGGCUCGGAGUCUUCAGGGUUCGACGCUGUCCUUCACCUGCGGCGGGACGGAUGCCAUCGGAGAGAUCUUCGUUAACGACGGAAAGUGUCGGAUCGUUCAGCGCCACCUCGUGUUUACGGGCGGCAUCGCCUACGGGAUCGACUGCCUGCUGACCCCACCGAGUCUCGGGGGACGCUGCGACAAACACAAGACCAUGGACAUGCAGAUGAGCUGUGGAAUCUGCACAUCUUCAGCUUCUCGCUGCCCCAAAAGAUCGAAACUAAAGGAGACUCAGAAGUGCGAUCUUCCCUUCGUCCACAUCACUAAGAACUCCGGCUGUCGCAGCAUCUGCACCGUGUCCUUCUGGCAACCAAAGUGUUGCCAUGGUUACUACGGACGGGACUGUCUAGGUGAGACGACGUCUGUAGAUGCGAGGCUCGGUGUGUUCCACCUGCGUUCCGGGGACGGUCAGUAUAAACUGAACUUCUCUGCGGCUCAGCAGGCUUGCGCUGCAGAGGGAGCCCGCCUCGCCACGUACACCCAGCUCUCCUACGCUCAGCAGGGCGGGCUAAACCUGUGUUCUGCCGGCUGGUUGGACGGAGCCCGCGUGGCGUACCCCACCACCUACUCCAACCCAAACUGCGGCUUUGGACACGUCGGCAUCGUAGACUACGGCGUCCGCAAAGAGGGCGAGGUCUUCGACGCCUUCUGCUUCAGGAUGAAGGAGGUAAACUGUGAGUGUCGACCCGGUUUCGUUGGAGACGGAUUCAGCUGCACGGGGAACCUGCUGCAGGUCCUCCAGUCCACACCCAGGUUCUCCAACUUCCUCACACAAAUCCUCAACUGUUCGGCCGAGUCCGAGUCCGGCCGGCUGUUCGUGCAGCGUCUCGGUAACAUGACGGUCCAGAAGACGCUGUUUGUCCCCGAAAACAGCGGUCUGCCCGGCAACCAGACCCUGUCCCAGCGGGACGUGGACUUCCACCUGUCGGAGGGCCGGGUGCUGUCCCUCGCCGAGCUGAGGAACGGGACUCGGAUCAGGACUCGGGUCGGCAGUCUGAGCGUGCUCGGAGUCUCGGACCUGCUGGACCCGUCGAAUCUGGUCUGA